CAUAAGAUGAAAUCGGUUCUUAUCCAAUUUCUGCUCCACUGAUCGAAGCUCCUAUGGCUGCCGCCUCCGCCGCUUCCCUCGCCGCCGGUUUCUCCGCCGUAUCCAUCAAUCGCCGCUGUCAUUGGCCGUCUGUGUGUCCGACACGCCAUUUCGAAGCCUCGAGCUUAAAAUCCCCCCUCUCGAUCCUUUCCACGCGGCUUGACAAAUCCCCUCCACCUAAGGCGAAUUCCGCCGACAUCGACACUUCAUUUUUCGACACCUCCGAUCCCGAGGAGGUCUCCGAAUUCAAUCCUCCCGAACGGCCGGAGAACUUCGUCGCGCCUCCGUCGUUCGACGAAGGUCCACUGGAAUCGGAGGAGGAAAUCGCCGCAGCAUAUGAGGAACUCUACGGUCCUGUUUACAGUGGAGAGAGUUACUUAGGGAACGAUGUUUUCGUUAUGGAUUCUAAGGUGAAGAAAACGACCGGAUUCGGAUCGAAAAACAAGAAGGAGAAAGUGAGAGACGGAUUCGAGGAGAGAGUGGUGCAAGUUCGGAGAGUUACCAAAGUGGUGAAGGGAGGUAAGCAGCUGCAUUUCAGAGCGGUUGUGGUGGUCGGCGAUAAGCAGGGCAACGUCGGAGUCGGCGUCGCUAAGGCGAAGGAAGUUGUGGUUGCGGUGCAGAAAUCGGCGGUGAAUGCACGCCGGAAUAUAAUCACCGUACCCAUGACCAAAUACAAGACUUUUCCUCACAGAUCAGAGGCAGCCUACGGGGCAGCGAAAGUGAUGCUGAGGCCAGCUUCUCCUGGUACGGGUGUGAUUGCUGGCGGUGCAGUGAGGAUCGUGCUGGAAAUGGCGGGUGUGGAGAAUGCUCUGGGGAAGCAGCUCGGCAGCGACAACGCACUCAACAAUGCAAGAGCCACGGUAGCAGCGGUGCAGCAGAUGAGGCAAUUCCGGGAAGUCGCUGAAGAGCGGGGCAUCCCCAUGGAAGAAAUGUGGAAAUGAUUAGGUUAGAUUAGAUUCUUUCGUUGCACAUUAUUUUUGUAGAGAACUAUAUGUUGUUGCUGUUGUUUUUUGAAGUAAAAGAAUGUAAGUUCUCCGGUUUAAAGUUAAUGUAAAACAAAGAUAAUUGUCUA